CGGUUCCCCGCCCCUUCGGCGCCACCACGUGUGUCCGCGGGCUCAGCAGCCACCUUAACUCGGUCCCUCGCCGGCCGGUCUAGGCAGUGGAGGAGGAGGAGGAGGAAGAGGAGGGUGCUCGGUGGUGGCUGGAGGCUUCGCUAUGGGCAGUUGUUCCUUCGCUCUCCCCGGGCCCGCCGUGCUGCCCGCGUCUCCGCUGUGGGUGGAGAGCAUCCGGAGGCGCCGAGUGUCUGCGCGACUGCUGCUGCUUCUGCUGCUGCUGCUUCUCCGCCCGGCCCGGGCGUCCGCGCCCCUGGGCAGGUGCUGAGCAUCUCGGACCGACCUUCCCGGGCCGCUUCCCGCAUCCCGCCGAGGCUGCCUGCCGCAGUGUGCUCACAUGGGCUGCUGGAGGUAGAUGGGCUCCCCGCCCGGGAGGCGGCGGUUGGAUGCGGCGCUGGCCACAAGCAGUCGCCCGUUCCAAAGCUGCCUCGGGGCCGCGCGCCCCGGGCGCCCCUGCGUGUCCGCGGCUCGGCCAUGGGGACCUCCGCCAGCAGCCGCCCCGCUCUCGCUUCCCGCAGCCGCCGCCACCGUCGCCUACACCGAGUGCCGGGCGCGAUGAUCGCGGGCUCCUUCCUCCUGCUUGGAUUUCUGAGCACCACCACGGCUCUGCCAGAGCAGCGGGCUCCAAGUCUCACUGGCACGUACCGCCAUGUUGACCGGGUGACUGGCCAGGUGCUAACCUGUGACAAGUGUCCAGCAGGAACUUACGUCUCUGAGCACUGUACCAACACUAGCCUGCGCGUUUGUAGCCGUUGCCCUGCGGGGACCUUCACCAGGCAUGAAAAUGGCAUCGAGAGAUGCCACGACUGUAGUCAGCCAUGCCCAUGGCCGAUGGUUGAGCGACUACCUUGUGCUGCCUUGACUGACCGAGAAUGCAUUUGCCCACCCGGCAUGUUCCAGUCUAAUGGUACCUGCGCCCCCCACACGGUGUGUCCGGUGGGUUGGGGCGUUCGGAAGAAAGGGACGGAGAAUGAAGACGUGCGGUGUAGGCAGUGCGCUCGCGGGACCUUCUCUGACGUGCCUUCUAGCGUGAUGAAAUGCAGAGCAUUCACGGACUGUCUGAGUCAGAGCCUGGUGGUGAUCAAGCCUGGGACCAAGGAGGCAGACAACGUCUGUGGCCCCCGCCUGUCCUCCACCACGACCCUGCCUUCCCCUGACACGGCCAUCUUUUCUCGCCCUGAGCAUAUGGAAUCCCAUGCAAUCCCUUCCUCCACUUAUGUUCCCAAAGGCAUGAACUCAACAGAAUCCAACUCUUCUGCUUCUGUUAGACCAAAGGUACAAAGUGGCCCCCAGGAAGGGACAGUCCCUGACAACACCAGCUCAGCCAGGGGGGACAACACAAGCGCAAACAAGACCUUCCCCGGCCUCCAGGUAGUCACCCAUCAGCAAGGCGCCCACCACAGACACAUCCUGAAGCCGCUGCCGCCCAUGGAGGCCACGGGGGGCGAGAAGUCCAGCACAGCUGUCAAGAGCCCCAAGAGGGGCCAUCCCAGACAGAGCCCGCACAAGCAUUUCGACAUCAACGAGCACCUGCCCUGGAUGAUCGUGCUGUUCCUGCUGCUGGCGCUGGUGGCCAUCGUGGUGUGCAGCAUCCGCAAAAGCUCCAGGACUCUGAAGAAAGGGCCCCGGCAGGAUCCCAGCGCCAUCGUGGAAAAGGCGGGAUUGAAGAAAACGGCGACUCCCACCCAGAGCAGGGAGAAGUGGGUGUACUACUGCAACGGGCACGGUAUUGACAUCCUGAAGCUGGUGGCAGCUCAAGUGGGAAGCCAGUGGAAGGAUAUCUAUCAGUUCCUCUGCAAUGCCAGCGAACGGGAGGUGGCCGCUUUCUCCAAUGGAUACACAGCAGACCACGAGCGGGCCUACGCGGCCCUGCAACACUGGACCAUCCGCGGCCCGGAGGCCAGCCUGGCUCAGCUAAUCAGCGCCCUACGCCAGCACCGUCGCAACGAUGUCGUGGAGAAGAUCCGUGGGCUGAUGGAAGAUACCACCCAGUUGGAAACCGACAAGUUGGCUCUCCCCAUGAGCCCUAGUCCACUUAGUCCGAGCCCCAUCCCGAGUCCCAACAUGAAACUUGAGAAUUCCACUCUCCUGACCGUGGAGCCCUCCCCGCUGGACAAGAACAAGGGCUUCUUCGUGGACGAGUCGGAGCCCCUCCUGCGCUGCGACUCGACGUCCAGUGGCUCCUCGGCGCUGAGCAGAAACGGCUCCUUUAUUACCAAAGAAAAGAAGGACACGGUGUUGCGGCAGGUCCGCCUGGACCCAUGUGACUUGCAGCCCAUCUUUGAUGACAUGCUGCACGUUCUCAAUCCCGAGGAGCUCCGGGCCAUUGAAGAGAUUCCCCAGGCCGAGGACAAGCUGGACCGGCUGUUUGAGAUUAUUGGAGUCAAGAGCCAGGAAGCCAGCCAGACCCUCCUGGACUCGGUGUACAGCCAUCUUCCCGACCUCUUGUAGGGCACGGGACACUGCAUCAUUCUGGAAAUGGACUUAGUGGCAGGGUGUGUGGGCUUUGUUUUUUUUUUUUUUUUUUUUAAUUUUUUUCAGACUUUUUGUUUUUAGGUGUGUGUGUAUGUAUGUGUUUAACAGAGUAUAUGCCUUGUGGGGUUUCUCUCUUUUUCCUUUCUUCUUGUCCUACGGGAAAGCUAAUAUAUAUACACCUUUCCAGGGUAUAACUGUUGCAAAAUACCCACCACUGAAGUUUUUAAGUUCCAUGUUUUCUCUCCAUUUUUGCCUUCUUACAUAUUUUCAGAAUUGUUCUGUGCACUUUAACCUACUGUAAAUGCAGUGUGGCUUUUCCUACGCACUGGAUUUCGAGACUUAACUUCUUAGAAGUGUCAUGGCAUCUUGUGAAUUCUAUAAGCAGGCAUAAAAGUCUUUGAACAGCUACGCCUACCUUUUUUUUGUUUCAUUAAAAGAACAACUGUGAUUACUAUUUGUAUUAUUAUUUGGCCUUUACAAGUGUUCUUAAGGAUUAAGACAUCCAAGAGCCUACUGAGUGACUGUAACACAGCUGGACUUCUGAGUUAUCUUUGGAAUGUCGUGUACCGAUCCUAUCCACGGCUGAAACCUGACCGCACUAUUACUGGGCACACGUGUGGUCUUCGCCUGGACACUGUAGAGUGCUUCAUGGCUUGUGCUUCUCUUAAUGCUAAUCUGCUCUGGGCUGGAGAAACGAAGUCCUCAAGCCAUCAGGACUUGCUACUUCAGUGUGGCUUGACAACUAGGCCACCAAAGAACUUGAACCUCAUCUGUUAGGGACUGAGCUAUUCCAGAACACUCCGCUGCACUUUGGAACGUCAACACUGAGUGCCUGUGGCACCUUUUCCAUAGAAAAUUUGCCCGGCUUUGCUUUCAAUGAUGUCUUUGUUUUGAUAUACACAUAGUCUAUAGGUCCAGUCUGCCCUCCAAGCCUUGCUGGGGUUUCCUUCAUCAUUCAAUCACUUUAAUUAAAAAAAUGGCUGCAGCUCUAAGAACUCUUGUCUGAUAUAUUUGCAACUAUGCUCCCAUUUAUAAACCUACCCUCUGAUGCAAAGGUUGUGUGGACUCCCUUUGUGUGAGUGGGAUUGGUGGGUAGUGAUGAGGAACUGAUAUCAGAGAAAUGCCUUCAAGUGUACUAAUUUAUUAAUAAAUAUUAGGUGUUUGUUA